CUAUCAAAAGCGUUUGAUACGGUCAAUCACGCCAUUCUCUUCAGAGACAUUUUAACAUCUGGUCUCUCUGACAACACCAAGAGAUGGCUAGUGAACUACAUGUGUGGUCGACAGUCAUUUGUGGAGUUUAGGAACCAGAGAUCUAAAUCUCGUAGAAUUAAACAGGGAGUACCCCAAGGUGGAGUUCUUUCGCCGAUCCUGUUUAAUUUCUACAUGUCUAAACUCCCAACACCCCCGGACGGCGUCCAAAUAAUAUCUUACGCCGAUGACUGCUCGAUAUUGGCCACGGGCAAUAGUAUUGAUGACCUUUGCGGCUUGAUAAACAGUUACCUAUGUGAUCUUUCCAGCUUCUUCCAUUUAAGGAAUUUAAAAAUAUCGCCUACGAAAUCCUCAGCAACUCUCUUCACCACCUGGACUAAGGAAGUAGGGCUAGAACUGGAUGUGACAGUCGAUGGCGAAAAAAUUCCGACGGUAAAUCACCCCAAAAUACUUGGUGUCACAUUCGAUAGCCUCCUUAUGUCCUCAGCGCACACCACUGCAAUCUGCAACAAGAUGCGAAGUAGAAACAAGGUACUCAAGUCUCUAGCCGGCAGCACUUGGGGAAUGGAUAAAGAAACCUUGUUGACUACCUACCAAACGAUUGGCCGGUCAGUGGUAAACUACGCAGCGCCAGUGUGGACACCUAGAGUUAGCGACACGCAAUGGAAGAAGCUUCAAAGCUGUCAAAACGCAGCCCUAAGAACGGUGACAGGCUGCAUUCAAAUGACAUGCGAAGAACAUCUGCAUGACGAAACGAAGAUGCUUUCAGUUAAGGAACAUAACAUCAUGCUGUCAAAGCAGUUCCUACUGGGAUGUCAUCGGAGGGGCCACCCUAACCACCAUUUAACGGAGUUAGAACCCCCCCCGAGGCAUGUCAGGAAAGAUCUUCGUAUGUAUGAGAGUGACAUCCAAGAACACCUGGAUGAUAUAGAGGACGAAAGCUCAUACAGGACAGCUUUGAAUACUAUCCAUCAACAGGCGGUGGAAGACUCCAUCAAUUCCCACCGAGAUAGUAUAAUACUGGGAGGCCGUCCCCCACCCGUUGCAAACGAGGAACGAAACCUACCACGUCGUACUAGAGUGGUUUUGGCACAACUAAGAUCCGGAUGGUGUACCCGUUUAAACUCGUACUGGUCGAGAAUAAACGACACCAUUCAAGAUCUUUGUCCUGCAUGUGGAACAGGCCCACACAAUGUUCAACACCUUUUUAACUGCAUGGCAAAUCCAACUCAGUUGGAACCUGAAUCCCUUUGGACUCAGCCGUUGGAUGCGGCUCGUCUACUGGGUUUAGAUCUAACGGAGUUGGAUAACCAGAGCGAAGAAGAAGAAGAGUAG